AAUCCGCUCCCCCCAGGGUCCCGCGCCUCGUGGACAUUCACCUGCUGUGCGCUAUAUCUGCGUAAGGGCUCGUGAUGAUGAGCAGGCAAAGAUUCAGGUCAACUCCCCUCCAUAGCCCACAAUUGACGGUAUUCUUAAUCCCCUUGAACGAGGUUUUAGGCGCUCCUUUGAGCAUCACCACCUCGCACCUUGGGUUCUCCAGUUAACGUCGUCCCACAAUUACAAUACUCCACCAUCCAAUCUCGUGUUUCGCCAGCGCUUAAUCCGAAGCCGAUUCCUGAGUUAGCGCUCAAGUCAAAACCUUCUGCAAUCCGUCAUUCUCUCGAUCCCCCCCAAGAUGGCCCCCAGUGAUCCGUCUGUGUCCUCGAUGAACUCGAAUGAAGACACGGAAUGUCCUUCUCCAUCGGAAAGGACGCCUCUUCUUUCUUCAACGCAACAUGAUAUCCCCCAACAGACCCCUCUUCCAUGGGGACCCAUAUCCGUCCUUCUAAUGCUCUACGCAGUCGCCCCACUCGCAUUCGAACUCAUCUUUCCUUUUGUCAAUCAGAUGUUGGUAGAGUUGAGAGUCGUAGACGACCCUGAAAAAGUAGGCUUUUAUUCGGGUUUUAUCGAAUCGGCGUUCAGCAUCCUGAGCCUAAUCACCGCGUUACCCUCAAGCUAUGCGGCUGAUCAUUUUGGUCGUAAACCCGUCAUUCUACUUGGGAUGACUGGUCUUGCCGUUUCAGUCGUAUGUUUUGGGAUGAGUCGUACUUUCCCAAUGCUCGUGCUGUCGAGGUGUAUUGGGGGUGCUUUGGGUGGCGGCUCGACCGCAAUCAAAACCAUGCUCGGAGAACUGACCGAUCGGACGAACCAAAAUGCCGCCUUCUCCGCAUUAUCUAUAAGUUAUCGUAUGGGUCAAAUCAUAGGCUUACCUCUCGGCGGAUCUCUCGCGCAUCCUGAACGCCACUUUCCUAGCAUUUUCGAAGGUCCUGGAGUCUGGGGAAAUUUCUGGCGCUCGUACCCGUUCGUUUUACCAUGUCUAGUGGGUGCUGCGUUCGCGUUCGUGAGCGUCGUGCUUGGAACUUUACGUCUCAAAGAGACUUUACCCUCAAAGUCGCCCAAAAAAUUGCAAGAUUUGGAAGAUUCGAACGAUUACUCGUUCGAAGGCACUCCAGCAGGAGUCCGGUCCUUCACUCCUCAUCCCCCUUCUCCUACUCUUUCCGAGGAAACGUUAUGUUCUCCCGGGGAUGAGACGGACACGGUCGCUGUUUCGGAGUUCCAAUCCGACGUUGGAGGGCCGGAUGCUGAUAGCACUACCACCAGGGUUCCUGGGACUCUCAAGGACGAAAAGCAAAGUUCUGCUCCGGCGAAGCCUCGUUUCCUCUCCGUCAUGACCAAGGAAGUCAUGUCUCUGAUGAUUUCGAACAUGAUCCUGUGUCUCGUUGGGGAGAUGAUGUUUGGCGUUUAUCCCAUCUUCGCGUUCACACCCGUUCAUUCAGGCGGACUUGGAUUCUCCGAGUCGGACAUCGGAGCGUACCUGGCUUUACGCGCCAUGUUACAAAUGGGCUUCAUAUUCUUCUUCGUACCCAUACAAUCCAUCGUCAAUCGGACUUUCCGAUCGAUCUUCCGCUCGACUCAUUUCAAUCCUCAUACUCCCUUGCCGCUCUAUCAAGUCGGGAUGGUUUGCUGGCCGUUGAGCGUGUUGCGACAAGCUGAGGGCUUGAACGUGAAGAGUGGUUUGUCGUUCAAUAUCUUCAUGUUCCUUUUCUUUUGCGUGUGGAGGGCCAUCCACAUCAUGGUAAAUGAUGCUUCGCCUUCGGCCGAAGCGUUGGCAGUGAUCAAUGGAGCAUUCCAGAUGGGCACCCUUCUCCCACAGGCUUGUGGACCAGCACUCGCGACAUCGCUUUUCGCGUUAUCUGUUGGAGAUCAGGUGAUGGGAGGACAGCUCAUUUGGGUGGUGUUGCUUACUUUAUCAUGUGCCGGGGCUGUACAUUCCUUUUACCUCAAGGAUGCCACGACCGAUUGGCGUGCUAAUAGGACCGUUGAAGCUGGGACCGGUGGGUCUGCCAGUUGUGCUUGAUGAUUCGAAAAAUUGCUCCAAUGACUCGGAGGGAACAUGAAAAAGUUUGGCGCUGCAGGACCAGUGUUGGAAGAAGAAGAAGAAGAAGAAAGAAAAAAAAGCCCCUCCCGCCCCCCUUCAAGGAUGGGCUGUGGCCUCAUCAUUAUACUAGGCCUUCGCAUCUCGAAAAUCUUUUUUUUUUCGUCUUGGCACGUUUUCAUUUGUAUACCCACAAGCCCGUGGUUGUAAAAGUAGACAUGUACAGGAUUGUGAUAAACUUGUUGUGAUGAUGAUGAUGAUUUUAAACUCCG